CGUUUCUGCAUCCCCGCUGCCAUUGUUGGGAGGAAGAACACCAAAGCUUCCAAACCCUCAUUGAAAUUUCAUUUCUCAAUAACUUUUGAUCCGGAGUUCUGAUUGACGAUCCGUUUGCGACUACGCGACCGCGACGUCGAGCUCUACAAAGCCCGAUACAUUGUAAGGAUCAAAUUAACUUGGUGGACUUGUCGGGUCUUGUCCCAAUUUUCUGUUGGUAAGGCAAUUGGAGAUGUUGGAAGCUUAAUUGGAAACUCGGUGAGAGUUCUAGUUGCUGGAUUUUUGGUGGUUGAGGCUUACAACUUUGCCGUGUGGGGUAACUUGGAUAAAUACGCGGAAAUCGGCCAAGUUCCAACUAGGUAAUUUAGGAUCAGCAUUCUCUAUUGGCAUUUUAUAUUGGUUGAAUGUGAUUUUGCUUGGAUUAUAUAUGAAAUUCUCUACUCAGUGUGAAAUGACUUGUGCUCCAAUCUCCAUGGAACUAUUCCAUGACUUUGGAGAGUUCUUGUGCUACACCGUUCCAUCUGCUGGAAUGAUUUACCUUGAAUGGUGGUCAUUUGAGCUGCUCACUUUGCCUUCUGAGCUUCUACCAAAUCCAGAGCUUGAAGUUUCAUUUUUGUCCAUAUGUUACUCAAUCACCACAACAAUCUAUACAAUACCAGAAGCAAUUGGCUCAGUAGCAAGCACUAGAAUUUCAGAUGCAUUGGGAACUGGAAAUUCAAGAGAAGUACGAAUGGUGGUCAUAGCUGCCAUAACUCUUGCAGACUUACAGGCUCUUCUAGUGAGCUCAACCAUUUUUAGAUGCCAAAAAAUUUUAAGCUAUUUUUUUAGCUAUGAACAAGAUGUGUUAGAUUAUGUCACAAAUAUGAUUUCCAUAAUAUGUGUCUCUAUUAUAUUAGACACUUUACAUGGUACCUUUUCAGGUUGAUAAUUUUUUUUUCUCUUAGCAUUAUUAUUUAAUGCACAAUUUAUGUCUUUCUAUGAAUUGUAACACUUAGUCAUGUUAAUAUAUAGGUAUUGCUAUAGGAUGUGGUUGGUAAAAGUUAAGAACAUAUGUGAACCUUGGAGCUUAUUAUAUUUUGGGAAUUCCAGUUGCUAUUAUAUUGAGUUUUUGUGUACAGUUGAGAGUUAAAAAUUUGUGGAUUGGAAUAAUAAGUGGUACUUUUUGCAAAGUAAUUUUGCUUUCUCUACUCAUUAUAAUAAGUACAAAUUGAAAAAAAACAGGUUUGUCCUUAUUUUUCUAGUUUUUAGAGUCUGUUUAGUUGAUUGGCUUCUUUUCUACUAUUUAGAAUGUUAGAAAAAACAUAUUUUACUUGUUACUUCAUGCUAUAUUUUUUUUUGAAUUGCAGGCAAUAAAGGCAAAAGAAAAGAUAUUUGAAGAAAGAUCUUCUAUAAAACAUGCAUUAGUGUGAGAGAUUAGAUUUAAAUAUUUAAGAUGAUAUUUAUUAUGAAUAUGUAUUAGUAUGAG